GCUCUACUUCCGACCCGAUACAUAGCUUCCUGUCUCGAUCGCGUCCUGUCAGCCUGAUUGUAGCCAUACUAGCUUCGAAGUCCCUCGUUUUAUUAUUAUCUCAGUAUAUUAAUAUUAUCAUAUUUCUAUAGUGUUUUUUUAUUUGUAUAAUUCCUGUUGAAAAUUAUGUUUAUCCGUUCAGUUAGUGAUUUUUGUAAUUCGAUUAUUGUGUGCUGUCUUUUUUUGUUUCUUCACUAGCUAGCUAUUAACGUUCUAACUAGUAAGGUGGCUAGCAAUUAGCCAACGCCUCCCUCCCCUACCAAUCAUGGCACUGUUUUACUCCGGACGCUUGUAAGAGCUGCCAUUGACGGAUGUACAUCGUCUGGCCAAGCAAGACAAGUAGCAAAGCACCGAACUCCAAGUUCAAAACAAGGAUUCAAACUUUGUGUCCAGUUACCUUUUCAACUAUGAAGCUUCGAACUGGGCCAAUGUGACAGGAGAGGUCAGCAUAAGGGUUUGCUGCUACAGGUCCAGGAGGAAAAAUGAGAAACCACACACAGUUUGAGUGUAGGGUGAAAAGUCAGGUGUUUGUGACACACUAUAUGCAGGUUACACAGUCAGAGAUGAAGCCUAGUCUUAGACUAAGAAGUUCCUGUCAAUGGAGAUCUGCAUUAAGAGGCAUUGCUUAGUCUAGGACUAGGUUUAACCCAUGUCGAUGAAACCGUUCUUAGUGUAGUAAUUGUUCAUUUCUCUUCCUUGCUGUUUAUGUAAGCUCUGUUAUGUUAAGACACAUUAGAUUACAUUUAAACAAGGACAUAUACCCUUAAUAGAAAAGUUUAAAUCCGUAUUGCUGUAAUGAAUUUAUUGGCUGUUGCAUGUUGCGCCAGUCAUUUCUGUUUGCUAGUCGUGACACAUGUUGAGUGAUUUUAUAUCCCCACGUGGGUUGUACUGAAUCCCUGUGAGCCAGUAACAAUGACACAACAUCACCACACAGUUGCAUUACUAUUCCAGUCUGCACACUAAGAUGGGAACACCAGUCGUCCCACCUGUGCAUAGCUGCACAGAGGCCGAGCAGCAGUGGCGUAAGCCAAGGACUAUGGGUCUGCAACCUGGGCCCAUAGGCAAAAUGACCAUCACCAAGCCCACCAAAAAGCACAUGACAGAAGGAGGGAUUAGGUGGUUUCAAGUACAUUGUUUAGAUUGGCUAACCACAGCGGCUGCUUUGCGGAAGUACACUCUACAGCGCCCUUUUUGGAAUGCUCCCUGACCUCUCAGUUCUCCAGAUAGAAGAGGCAUACAAGAACUUUGACCCUCUAUCCAAGCCAUUGAUCUGCAGCAUGGGGAUGUCUGCUGAAAAGCUUUUAGUUGACUCCCAUUUUGGAAAGGAACAGGUGGGGAGCCUCCUGUCUUACCAGCAGCCUCCAAUCACAACGUGACCAUAGUUCACUAUAAGGAGACACCACCAUUCCCUUUACUGCCCCUGGGUGGCUACAGACUAGAGAGCAACUUUCAAGGCUGUACUUGUGCUCAAUGAAGAAGACCAGCUUCACAUAGUCUCUUCAGCUAUGUGACAGCCUCAGAAAUGAUACUCCUGUGUAUCUGGGGGUCUGCAGCGAAUCACAUCCAGCCAACAGAGAGAAGCAAAUGUAACCACAGGACAUGUGAAAGAGUUGAUGGACACCCUAUGUUCAUCAAUGGACAAAAAGUUCCAUAGAAUGGAAUAUAAUCACGUGCUAUCAGAAACCACUGCACUUGCCCCCAGGUUUAAGAAGUUAGCCUUCAGUGAUGCCAGAGCGAUUGAUGAGGCUCUUCAAAGAAUAACCUCAGCAGCAGGGAGGGACAGCCCCACAGUCAGUUGGCCCAGGCAACAGGAAGAAGAGGGAGCAGAUGGAGCAGAAGCACCAGCAGUAGUGCCACAAACUUCUGCUGUUUGGAUGCUGUUUGACGAGAGAGCAACUGGGGAUGCAGCAUGAAGAAAUCCCUCAGCAGAUGCCAUAAUGGAGGUCCGAUGCUAUUUGGAGGAGGCCCUCCUACAAAGAUCUGCAGAUCCUCUGAGCUGGUGGAAGAACAAGGCCUCGGUCUACCCACGGCUUACUAAAGUCAUGACAGGGAGACUGCAUAGUGGCCACAUCCGUUCCCUCAGAUGGUCUUCUCAAAAACUGGACAAAUAAUUACUGAGAGAAGAAACCGCAUCAGCCCCUUAAAAGUUAGGCAGCUUGCAUUUCUGAUUGCAAAUCUCUCAUAAAAGCUGCUCAUGUGCUGCUGGUUAUAACAAGGUUGAGUACAAUUUCAUUUAAUAAUUCAAUUAGAAUUGUUCUAACACCAAUUAUAGUCAAACUGUCGCAAACUGUUUGACUUGGAAAAAAUACAAAACCUUUUUUUUAAAGAACCAUUUGGGCGCCAAAAGACCUGGCUUUUUUUGGUGAGCUGAGCAGAAGGAGCCGAAUGCCCAUCACUACUGACAAGAUACGUUCAGGACAGGAAGCUAUGUAUCGGGUAGGAAGAGGUAUGAGGUGUGAGGUAUGAUUGUCGCCUGGUGAGGAGGAUCUGAUGGCUCACUGUGUCAAAAGCGGGAACUUAGAUGGAGAAGAAUCAGGAUGGGCACCGGCAUCAGCAGAGAUGCUGUUGUGCUGAACUCCCUUUCUGAGAUGUUUAGACUGCUGGACUCAGUGAGGAGGGUUCUGGACCUGAGACCCAGUGAGACUGAUGACAACCAGCAGCAGGUCCACAGUGCUCUUAAUGUGCUGGAGGACCAGUUGGAGGACCAGAGGAAGCCGAGGCAGGAUGAGCCCCCACCCAGCCCUGGUCACCUCUACGUGGGCAGCUUCUCCAAGGCCACCCCCUCAAAGUGCCCGCAGCUGUAUUGCUCUAGCUCUUCCACCACCCAACCUCAGAACCAGACCACACAAUCGUCCAUUGUCUUAUCCCGCAUCACCACAUCCCCAGUGGGUCCGCCUCUCACUGUGGCUGGCCUGCCUGUGGCCACACUGUCCGAACUCCCCACCGGCUCUUCAACCACUACACCACUGGCAACACCUCUGCAGGAAAGAGAGGCAGGGCCGGGUCUGUGGCUCUCCAUGCAGCCUCCAGGGUGACUGUGCUCAACACUACCACAGAGUCAGGGCUGGGGACCCCUCUACAGGGAGCAGGAGUCUGGGGACAUGGAGAGCCAGAAGCUAGGGGAGGAGAGGAUAGUACUUGUGCAGCAGGGGGUACUAACUGGACACUCCAGAGAUUCAGACACACUAGGCUGGGAACAGUGGGGUCUCAAUCAGUGAGGAUGAAGGUACAGAUGGAACAGUUGCAUAAUGGCAAGAAGAGGGCAUUAAAAUAACAUAAAACCAAGUGAGAGAAGAAAGAACCGUAACGAAAACAGUUAAAAGAAAAUAGAGUGAGCGAGCGUGGGUCCAUGUGGAAGAGAACAAGGUGAACUUCGCCAUGUCAUGUGUAACUCCACACAGACAUUUCAGAUUGUUUUUUUUUAACGUACAGUACAUUUUCACAUGGUGUUUAUUACUGCAGUGCCCAUAGUACUUUAAUUACCCAUGGUCUUCAUCAUCAAGGACAUUGAAAUACUUAAUGAUUGGGGAGAGUAUGCUAAGUUGAGCCAUUUUUUUACAUUCAGCAUUACCCUGUUUAGGGAAAUAUUGUAGUCUUUCUAACAAAGAUAUCUACAUAUAUUUCAGGAUGUUGUGCAUCCCUGGAAAUAAUCAGAAUCAUUCAAUAUUACAGUUAAGCGGGUAAGGUAAGUUAAGCUGCCUAUUUCUGUACUGAAUUAAAUAUUACCACUACUGUUGUAAAA